UCCGCGGGCUGGUAUCUGGCCGCUGUGUGGUAUGUGUGUGUAUGUGGUCGGGUUGUGGUUGUGUAUCAGUUCGGGCCGGGUUGAUAACGCCACGCUUUCAACGAAUUUCACGCAGAGAGAUGGGAAAUUAAGAAGACAUGGCUCUAUAUCAAAUCGUGCUCACGUUGGUCGUCCUGUUGGCGCUGGUGGCUGGCGGCAGUGCCCUUCAAUGUAACUGCACCAACUGUGAGAGAACGGGCUUUGAGUGCGAGACGGACGGGGCCUGCAUGGCCUCCACCUUCAUCAGCCAGGGGAAGGAGGAGCAUGUGCGCAUCUGCAUCGCCCGGGAGCACCUGGUGCCCCCGGGACAGCCCUUCUACUGCCUGAGCGCCGAGGGCCUGCUGAACACACACUGCUGCUACGAGGACUACUGCAACAGCGUGGAUCUCAAGGCUCCUGUCCCCAGGAAAGGGGACGGCUGGUCGGGGACCUGGGGCCCCGUGGAGCUGGUGGCGGUGAUCGCGGGGCCGGUGUUCCUGAUGUGCGUGGUGCUGAUGGGGGGCGUGUUCCUGUUCCAGUACCACCAGCGGGCCUACAGCCACCGGCAGCGUCUGGACGUGGAGGACCCGUCCUGUGACCACCUCUACCUGGCCAAGGACAAGACGCUGCAGGACCUCAUCUACGACAUGUCCACUUCCGGCUCCGGCUCCGGCCUGCCGUUGUUUGUGCAGCGCACGGUCGCACGGACCAUCGUGCUCCAGGAGAUCAUCGGGAAGGGGCGCUUCGGCGAGGUGUGGCGGGGGAAGUGGCGGGGCGGCGACGUGGCGGUGAAGAUCUUCUCGUCGCGGGAGGAGCGCUCGUGGUUCCGCGAGGCGGAGAUCUACCAGACCAUCAUGCUGCGCCACGACAACAUCCUGGGCUUCAUCGCCGCCGACAACAAAGACAACGGCACUUGGACCCAGUUGUGGCUGGUCUCGGACUACCACGAGCACGGAUCCCUGUUCGACUACCUGAACCACUACUCGGUAACCAUCGAGGGCAUGAUCAAGCUGGCCCUGUCGGCGGCCAGCGGCCUGGCCCACCUGCACAUGGAGAUCCUGGGCACGCAAGGCAAACCUGGCAUCGCUCACCGAGACCUCAAGUCCAAAAACAUCCUGGUGAAGAAGAACGGCAUGUGUGCCAUCGCUGACCUGGGCCUGGCCGUGCGCCACGAGUCCAUCACCGACACCAUCGACAUCGCGCCCAACCAGCGCGUGGGCACCAAGAGGUACAUGGCUCCCGAGGUGCUGGACGAGACCAUCAACAUGAAACACUUUGACUCCUUCAAGUGCGCCGACAUCUACGCCCUGGGCCUGGUGUACUGGGAGGUGGCCCGGCGCUGCAACACCGGAGGUAUCCAUGAGGAGUACCAGCUGCCCUACUUUGACCUGGUGCCGUCAGACCCGUCCAUAGAGGAGAUGAGAAAGGUGGUGUGUGACCAGAGGCUGAGGCCCAACGUACCCAACUGGUGGCAGAGCUACGAGUCGCUGCGUGUGAUGGGUAAGAUCAUGCGUGAGUGCUGGUACGCCAACGGUGCGGCGCGGCUGACUGCGCUGCGCAUCAAGAAGACUCUGUCGCAGCUCAGCGUGGACGAGGACGUCAAGAUGUGAGGCGGCCGGGGCGCGCGCGGCGAGGGCCGACCCAUGCAACGGAGUGACGCACGGAACAAAGGACACUAUGAGACGGACUGCAGCCGGAGAACAGCCCUGCCAGGUUUAAAACGCCAACACACUCCCAAGUUGUGACAAAGGCCUACCUCACCUUUUUUAGCCAAAACUACUGACAACCUCCCCCCACCUCCCUCCUCCUGUUCUCCCAACCCUCUUCUUCAGCUUUUUUCUAUUUUGAGAUUUUUCUGUCACCUCCCCUCCUUCAUUAUCUCCAUAGGCCCCGGCACCAAAACAUUAUUACUGUUAAUAGCAUCGCUCCCACCCUCUUCCUCCUUGUCCUACUAUACCCUCCUCUACCUCCUCCCCUCCCAAAAGCAGGCCAUGCUACUAUACCCUCCUCUUCAUCCUCCCCUCCCCAUAGCAGGCCAUGCUACUAUACCCUCCUCUUCAUCCUCCCCUCCCCAUAGCAGGCCAUGCUACUAUACCCUCCUCUUCAUCCUCCCCUCCCCAUAACAGUCCAUGCUACUAAACCUUCCUCUUCCUCCCCAUAGCAGGCCAUUCUACUAGACCCUCCCCUUUCCUCAGUCACCCCCCAAAACUGGUCAUGCUACUGUACCCUCCUCUUCCUCCCCGUACUGGAUAUGCUGCGAGACCCUCCUCUUCCUCCUCCUCCUCCACUCCCCUUAGCAGGUUAUGCUACUGGUGUACAGUGACUGGAUUGUUUUAAGUUGAUUUAUUUGAUACCUCUCUGGACAUUUGGCCCCAUGGGGAACUGACUUUGUCCAGAAGACUCAGCGGAUAGUGUCACGGGCUGAUGACGCAGACGACUCCAUAUGACCGUUGUCACGGCAACGCUUUCAAUGUAAACCUGUGUUUAGGGAGAGGCUCAAGCACUGUUUAUGUCACGGUGGCCGGGGAAGGAGUGGAGCAGUCCCCUCCCUUCGGGGGGGGGGCCGGGCGCGAUGGAACGGGUGGGAGUGGACGUGAUGGUUUAAGAAUGAACAAUAUUAACACAUGGCCCCUCCCCCUACCUCAACAGCCCGCUGACCGACGGGCGACGCGUUGUAUCGUAGCUUUCAGCACCUUGUGCACAGCCGUCUCUCGCCUCGUGCGUCAUUCUCCCACUUUUAAUGUCGCAGGGAUAGCGUUUAGCGGAUUGAAUUUCUAUUAAUUUAUUUGAGUUGUUUUUUUUUCGUCUCAUGUUGAUGAAUACACUGUGAUGUGCUACAAGCCAGUGUCUUGAUAUAUAAUCAACUUUGUUGUUUAGUACCAAACCCAUUGUAUUUAAGAAAAGGUUUAUUAUAUUGUUUAAAGAUGUUGACAUGUUCAUCAAUGCUCGCAUAAUCCCAUUGGUGACGGGCAAUGAGAUCACCCACACUGAGCAAAUAAGCGUAAGCAAUGGCAAUGGAAAAAUACUGUUGAUUUCAUGUUUUUGUGUGUUUAAAGACGUAUUGGGUGUUUGCUUUGAUUUUUAUUCUUAAGACACUACUGAUGGGUAUAUGUUAGGGGUGUGAACGAUUAGAAUUUUUUUUUAAUUAUGAUAUGAUUCUUUUAAACGGUUAUGAUUUACUAACCGGUUACACGUGUACUCGUGCACACCCCUAAUACAUGUAUGAUUUGUGUAUAUAAAACACUCCUGUUAUUGCCCACAGGCACCACUGGAAGGUACUUUUAUUUUGAAUGUUUGUCAUCUGCAUGGAAAUCUGCUGGAUUCUUAACUCCUACCUGCUACUAGAGCAGUUUGGUACUACUGAUCCUAGUUCAUGUUGCUGCGUUUGUUUUUUAGUUUUUUUUUAAGAAGUAACUGGAUGCAAUUCUUUUGGGGCUCUUUUAAGAGCCCACCAAAUCUGUUCCUUCAUUCUCUGGAGUGGUAUCUCUCGUUGACACUGGAAAAUAAAGGGGCAUCAUAUUUAAUUCUGGAAUUUCACCAAUUGCUUAUUUAUUCAGAAGUAGGAACAAGUGAAAUGUUGAUUUAACUGUUGGACAGGGUUGGUCACAAUGUUGGAUGUGAACGUGUGAAAUCAUCUACAGCCCUAGGCUCUGUAAUAUUGGUCUAUAGACGACGGUAUUGAAAGUAUCACACUGGCAGUUGGAUAUCCCAGGGCUAACUCUGUUAACCUGUGCUAGAGGUUCACUUAACUCACUGUUAUUUUUAACCAGUUCAUUGUUCCCUUCUGCAUGUGGUCGUGAACACUGCAGCCAUCAAUGUGAUUUUUAAACCCUUAUCGUGUCCAUUUCCUCUGCCUUCCCGUACAUACUCAUUCUUCUGAUAGUCGGCCAAACCUGUGGCUUGUUUGUAGGAAAAUUAAUGUGUAGUGCAGAGUAUUGAAGGAAGACUGUCGGGGGAACCAAAAUCUCAAAUUUGUCUUGUCCUUUCUUUUUUUAUGGGUAUUUUAUCAAAAGAUAUCCUGUCAAAUAUUUCCAGUGAUGCAAAUCUUUUCAGAAUUAGUUUCAAUGUGUACAUAGAGGAUGAACAAUAAAUACCUUUUUUCUUA